CUCUUUGUCUUUAUUUAAUCUCUUUUAUUUUUAUUUCGUUUUAUUAUUAUUAUUAUUUUGCUUUUUUUUUUCUUGGCUUUACAUAACCAUGGUCUUGAAUCCUUUUCGAUCAAACAAGAAAUGGAGACACAAGUCAACUACAGUAGAAAUGAGAGAUGAACAAGACAAUUCUAUUAGCAAACUUGAUAAGAAAAACCAGACACUAACAGCAGCAGCGGGAGUUGCAGCAGCGCCUUUUAAUUCAGAUAGUUUAUUAAAUGGUAUAGGAGAUUACAUUUUUCAUUCUCCACUUGGUGUUGGUAAAUUCAGUAAAGUCAUGUUGGCUUAUCAUUAUUUAACUGGUGAAAAAGUUGCUAUAAAGGUGAUUAAUAAAAGAGCUCAUGCUUAUCGUAUUAUAUAUAGACUUGUAAGGGAAAUAGAGUUGAUGCAAAUAUUAGAUCAUGAAAAUAUAGUCAAACUGUAUGAAACAUAUGAAACAGCAGAUGCCCUUUAUUUGAUCAUGGAAUAUGUUGAAGGUUAUAAUUUGGAAGAAUAUUUAAAGAAAAUAAAAAAAGGAAUUAUGUCUGAAGAUGAGCUCGUGAUAUAUUUCGUCAGGUGGUGGGUUAUUCAUAGAGAUUUAAAGACGCCUAAUAUUUUACUGACUUCAGCGACAAACCAAGUUAAAUUAGCUGAUUUUGGCUUAGGAAAUAGAUUUGGUUUACAAAGAUUAAAAACUGUUUGUGGAUCAAUGUUAUAUUAUAGUCCAGAAAUCAGUACAGCAAAAUCUUAUAUUGGUCCUGAAAUAGAUACUUGGUGUUUAGGUGUUAUGCUGUUUAGAAUGACAGCUGGUCGUGAGCUUUUCUCUCAUGCAAAGUCUCCUUCAGAAUUAAAAAAGUAUAUCAUCAGUCAAAAUUAUACACUUCCUUCACAUAUAAGUCAAGAACUUGGACAUACAAUACAAAAAUGCUUAUCUAUGAAUAGAUAUGAUAGAUUAAGUCUCAAGACAUUUUUAAGCAAUGAUCCAUGGUUUAAUAAUUUUGGUGCCUUGGAAGAUAUCUUUGAAGAGCAUGCAUCUAAUUGUAACUAUAAUGCUCUGGAAGCUACUGAAUCGCUUGCACUUUCUACAAAAACAGAUGACACGAAUCAAAUUUAUUCAAGCGCACAAAACUAUAAAAAGCAAUGUAAACAAGAUCUUCAAGUAGAGAAACAGAAAUUAUUCAAGAUACCUAAAACUAUUAUUUAUCACAUCCUUCAUCCCUCUACUUAUUUUACGAGUUCGUCAGCAAAUCAUUCAUCAAAGCAUCCUAUCGAUCUGAAAUCUCAAUUUGAAACUAUUCAUGAGCUCAAUAAAAAUCUCUUGGAUAUUUUAAAACAAGUUCAACUUUGUAGUAUACAAGACAAUAGUUCUGAUUUAAAAUCACCUAUUAGCCAUCUAUUUCGUAAACAGAAAAAAAAAGAGGAUCUUCCAAUUGAGUGUAGUGUCAUGUUGGAACAGAACAAGAAGCAGCUUUUAAAAUCAUUUUCAGCAUUAAACUUAUCUCAACUAUAUCAACGAGUAACUAAAGAUCAUAUUAGUUACUUUACAAUCCAAUGUAAUUCUAUUCAUACUGGAUCUUCAACUACAGUUAUUUCAAAUUGUUCAGCCUCAUCCUCUACUUUUGUAUCUGAGAAGAAAUCUCAUCAUCAUAGACCCUCUUUCUCUAUGAAUAACCUUUCAAAUACUCUACCUGACAUGACCACUCGAGGAAAUUUGAACCAUGAACUACAAGAUACAAAUCAACUAGAGAUGAUAAAAAUACUUCGUUUAGCUUGUGAAAUUCUUGGAAUUACUUUUUAUCAAGCAACCAGUACAAAACUUGUUUGUUUAUUAACGAUACGAAAUGAUUAUACAACAUAUAUAAAGGACAAAAGAUUAUCUCAUUCAAAUCUUUACCCUCCUUAUCGACGAUUUUCCAUAUUAGAUGAAGAGGAUACCGUCCCUUAUCCAAGGCAUUGUUCGACAAUUAGUGCAUAUAGUUCACAGCAAAGUUCCGAAGGUUGGUGGAGUCGACAGAAACGUCGAUUAUCAGCCCCUUUUUUACUACAACAACAGCAACAACAACAACAACAAUCGAGUUCAUCAUUAGGUCUUUCAUCUACACCGGGACUUGUUUUGGGGAACAGUAGUCAUCAUGAUCUUUUAUCUAUGGGUCGAGCAGCACAAGAAAAAAUAUUUGAAUGUUCUGAAAAUGAAGAUCGUGAAACAAGCAGUUUUGUCUUGUUAACAAUGGAUGUUGUAUCUUUAUCUAAAAGAAGAUGUAAUAAAUCGCCAGAUGAAAAUAAUAAUGAGAGUGCUCACAUAGUUGCAGUCAAGUAUUCCAAAAUAAAGGGAUCUAAUAAGAUUUUCAAGUUGGUUAAAAGUUGGAUGCAAAUGAUUUUAACUCAAAACAGAAUGGCCUAAAGGGAAAAAAAAUCUCCACACUUUACUCCUCUCUUCCCUCUCUCCUCAUCUCUCUCUCUCUCUCUUUCUCUCUCUCUUCUCUCUCUCUUUCUCUCUCUCUUUCUCUCUCUCUUUCUCUCUCU